AUGCGGAUGGCUACGUUUGUGCUGUGGCUGAUGCUUCACGUCUGUCUUGGGCACUUGGGCGUUGCACAGCUGUCUGCAGGGCUACUUGGGUUCACGAUGUUCAGAGGAACGGCAUUGUCCAUCCUGAUCAGUCUCACAGCUGGGCUCAAUACUAUAGGAGGCCAGGCAUUUGGUGCGAAGGAGUAUCGACUGGUGGGCCUUGUCUUCCAGCGCUCCCUGGGCUUCUGCCUCCUGUUCUCUUUAACGAUCGCAGCUGUGUAUACCCAGAGCGAGUGGCUGUUCAAUCAUCUGGGCCAGAAGCCCCAGCUGGCACAUGCAGCUGGACGUUUUUUGUUUCUGCUUUCUCCCAGUGUUGUGCUCCUUGCUCCCCUUCUAUGUCUCCAGUAUUACUGGUUGGCACAGAAAGUCUCGCUGCCAUCGGUGAUGUCUGGGGCCUUGAGUGUGCUCGUGGCCCCUGCCGCAUUCUGGUAUUUCAUUUUCAGGAAAUCUUGGGGUACCAAUGGGGGGGCAAUUGCCCUGGAUGUCAUCCUCGCAUUUCGGGUUGUGAUCCUGGCGAUCUGGACAGUUGUGGUGAACUGUAAAAAGGCAAAGGCAGGAGCAAUGGACAUCGCAUGGCACGGGUGGUCUGUACAGGCGCUGAGACAGUGGGGAGAGCUGCUGAAGAUUGGGAUGUACACCAUCCUUAUGAUGUCUGUCAGGGGCUGGUUGUUUGACUACUAUGCAAUUUUGUCAGGUGUCCUGCCACGGCCAGAGGAAGCCAUCAGCAUAUUCGGAAUAUCAUUGUACAUAUUUAACAUUUCAAUGGUGGUGGCGCGCUCCUUCAAUGCCGGCCUUGCCUUCGCGGUGGCACAUGAGAUUGGGGCAGGGAAUGCAAUACAAGCAAAGUACACAGUGCGGGCUGCAUUCUUCAUAAUGUUUGGGGUGUCACUGUUGUACAAUUGCGUGGUGUUGGCGUCCUCGAAGGUCAUUGGCUACAUUUGGACAAAUGAUCAAGGCGUUGUGUCCAGGCUGCCAAGUGUCCUGUUGCUGGCUUGCGCAACGAGUAUAUGUCAAACCCUUGCUCACAUCUUCACUGGCGUCUUGAAUGGCGUUCGGCGCCAAAAGGAAGGCUCCCGCAUCGUCAGCGUCAUCUACCCCCUCCUAGGCAUCCCGGGACCCUGGCUAUUUUCCUUCUACCUUGGCUGGGGCGUCAUCGGCCUCUGGACGACGAGGCUGAUCGUCGUGAUUCUGGAAGUGAUCCUCCUUGGGCGUGUGGUCAUGCGCUUGAACUGGGAGGGGGAGGUCCAGCGGGCCAUGGAGGUUGUGGAAAGACAGAAACGGGACUCACAGCCGGAUCUUCCCAGCCUUCUAUUCCAGGCUGGCCGCAGUCCGCCAGACUUGCACCGUGGUGGCGAAGUUGGCCCAUUGCCCGAUCGUGUAAGUGGGGACACGGGCACCACGGACAGUGCAGAGUGA